AUGGUGAAGGAGACGCAGUACUACGACAUCCUGGGAGUGAAGCCCAGCUGUUCGGCCGACGACCUGAAGAAGGCGUACCGCAAGUUGGCGUUGAAAUAUCACCCUGAUAAGAACCCAGACGAGGGCGAGCGCUUCAAACUGAUCAGUCAGGCCUACGAAGUGCUGAGCGAUGAGCAGAAGCGCCGGGUCUACGAUCAGGGGGGAGAGCAGGCCAUCAAAGAGGGCGGCAGCGCUGGACACGGCUUCUCCUCCCCGAUGGACAUCUUCGAGAUGUUCUUCGGAAUGGGAGGCGGAGGUCGCGGCCGACAGGAGAGGGGACCAAAGCGUGGCAAAGACGUGGUGUACCAGAUGUCGGUCACUCUGGAGGAGCUCUACAACGGAACCACUCGUAAGCUAUCGAUUCAGAAGAAAGUGAUUUGUGAUAAAUGCGAGGGAAAGGGAACGAAGAACCCGGCGGUCGGACCCGAG